UGGAUCGUGUGCCCGUAUACAAUGUCCACAUUCUCAUGGUUUUGGCAGUGUCAGCAUAUGAUGGCCACUGGUUAUCUUCAUCAGCAGCAGCAGCUACGCUCUAUCCACUGCUCCAUGGAUGGUCUCCAUCCCCUGGCGACCAGCCGAAGUAAUUCGCUGGAGGAGGUCACCCUGGGUCUGUUCCAUCGCUUCACUGCGGCUCUGUCAUUCCAUUUAAAAACAAAUCCUGUGUGAUAAUAAAUAAUAAUAAUAUUGAUCGAAUUCGGCUCGGAAAGCCAAUUAGGUCGAGGAACUAAAGCAAUACCCCUGUAACUAUGAAUGGUAUGUAUUUGAUGUGUUGAAACAAACUUACUGCAUUCAAAGUAAAGUUAAUGAGGACGGCUACUUGUGUUGUGGCCGAAACGUCGUGAGAAUUAUUUUAUGAUUUUUUAUUUUUAUUAUUUCAUUACUUCCCUUCUACGUGACUUUACCGAAAGAACCAAGAAGAUGAAUCCCUGCAGUCACGAAAGCUUUAAAUCGAAAUUUAAUGUGCCUUGUUUGUGUGAAUUUUGCAUCCUGCUGAAGUGGAUUGGAUCGGAAUAACGAAACGCGGACUUGGAUCUCAGCGGCCACCGUAGUAGGCCAAGAUGCCUCAAUGCGAAUAAUUUAGAUAUUUCGGGUAAAUUAAUUUCAAACAAAAUUAUUUCCAACGCAAUUUUGUGAGCUUCACUUAGAGAAAACAAUUGUAAUAGGGUGGACAAAUUACGAUUUAAUUGGUUAUAAAAAAGAAAAUUCAAGUAGAUUUAGCGGAAGUUGGCGCGCGCGUGCCCCUCCACUUCCGACUAAAAUUUAUUUAUUGUUUUUCUUCUCGAGAUUAAAAUUACAUUUUUUUAUUUGCUCAACAUUUUAACAGUGCGAAUAUCAAUUUAGCACCAAAGACAGCGUUUAACAAAAAAAGGGAUUUAGAAAAAAAGUCUCAUUAGUUAUUACAUCACCGACGUAAUGACAAUUUAAACAAUACAAGUUUCACUUCUACCACGGCUACAGCGUCCCAGAAUUUGUGUUUGAAAACGCCUUCGAGGCGAGGUGUAAACAAUAACAAACUAAAUGGUCAAGUUGGUUAUUAACUAACGAGUUGGUGCCACUCGACUGCGACCGCGUGUCUCUCCCUCCACCGCUCGCAAUGCGGCCCGAGUAGGUAAGUCAAAUCCGCGCGAAAAAUCGUCAUUCUAAGUCGUUAAUAAACCUUUUAAAACGUUAAAAAUAAAACGGCAACACGCCCACGUGCCGGGUAGCUUACAACAAAACAAACAAGUCGUUCAGAAGUUAAUUUUUGUCGUUGGGAUGUAUCGUCUCAAAUUUAACGUCCUUAAGGGGAAUUCCGCCCUGUGAGGGGAGCGGUGGCGCAGCGGUUAGCGCGCUACACGCUCAGCCACCAACCCGGCCCUGAGUUCGAUUCCCGCUCACGGCCGCCAGCAGCGUCUCGAACGGGCUCGAAGUGUGGAACAACAAUAACAACAAUCAUCGCCACUGGGGAGAUAAAGGCGGCCGUGCGUGGUCGCUUGCCCGUCCACCUCGUGUUACCGUUCCGGCCUUCACAGGCGCGACUCGUCCACAGCACUCGCCCCUGAAGUCUGUUUCAACAGUCUGGGCCUUCGCACGCUGCCACCGCUCUGGAGAAAGGAGGAGCAGGGCCAGGAGGAGGAGGCAUUGCGAGGAUCAUGGGGGAGGCGUUGGCCGUGCUGUCGGCCCCCGUGCGGGACGGGUACCCGCUCGAGGUGCUGCGGCACGAGCCCGACUUCAAGUACCUGUGCGGCGCCUGCGGCCGCCUGCUCAGGGCGGCCGUGCAGGCGCCCUGCGGCCACCGUUUCUGCCACGGGUGCCACAGCAAGCUGGCCACGAGGCCAGAGCAAUGGUUGUGCCCUCGUUGUCAGGAAGAAGGAACUCACGAAGAGGAAUUGUACUCGUCGCCCAACAACCAGUGUUUCCCUGACCGGGCGACUCGCCGUGAGGUGGACCAACUCCCCGCUCGCUGCACCAACCCGGGCUGCUCGUGGUCCGGCAUCGUGAGAGACUACGAUGGUCACGAGUCGUCUUGUGAGCUCCGCUGGGCCGCGUGCCCUGCGUGUGGUGGCCGCGUGCGACUCCGCGAGUUGGCGGAGCACGCCCAGAAGAGCUGCCCCGCACGCACAGCGCCUUGCAGGCACUGCCGGGCACCCUGCACCGCACAGGAGCUGCCGGAGCACGACCUCACCUGCCCAAAGUUCCCCACGACCUGCACUGCGUGCGGGAAGCGCAAGAUACCCAGAGAGAAGCUGCCUCUGCAUGAGAAGUCGUGCCUCCGCGUCAAGCGGCCCUGCCGCUUCGCAGACAUCGGGUGCCCCUUCCAGGCCGAGGCUGAGAAGCUCGCGGGACACGAGCAGCUGGCGACCGCCUCCCACGUCGCCAUCCUGCGCUCCUUCCUGCUGCGCUUGCACGGCCUGCUGCCGACUCAGGCCGCUUGCGCCGCCACCGCCGAAGCAGCCGGUGACGGCGGCGGUGGCGGCGGCAGUGGUGGUGGUGCGGCUGCAGCUGCGGCGGGGGCAUCGGUCCCGCAGUUGGAUCCGGCUUCGGACGGCCGCCUGUCCGAGCUGGCGCUGAGGUUGUCCCGGCUGGAGGUGGCGGUGGCGGCGAGGGGCGGGGGGGGGGCCGCCAGACGUGUCGGGAGGCCGUCGGCGGCCGCCGGGGCUGAAGGAGGAGCCGCGGCGCCAGGCGACGGGAAGGAGGCGGCGGCGUUGGCGGCGGUGGUUCCGGCGGCGCUGGAGCAGCGCUGCGCCAGGCUGGAGCGCUCGCUGGGCCCGCUGGAGGCCACCGUGGCCGCGUUGGACCGCCAGGCCGAGCGCUGCUCCGCCGCCGCACGGGAGGCCCACACGCGGCGCCAGGCCGAGCGUGGAGCCGUCGCCACGCUCACCGGCAAGAUGCAAGCGCUGGAGCGCAAGCUGGCGCUGCGGGAGGUGGCGCUGGCCGACAUGACGCUGCGCCUCUCGACCCUGGAGCUCUCGUCCCACGACGGCUCCUUCGUGUGGCGGGUCGGCGACGUGGGCCGGCGCCGCAGCGACGCCGCCAGCGGGCGCCAGCUCGCCGUCUACUCGCCAGCGUUCUUCACGAGCCGCUACGGCUACAAGAUGUGCCUGCGCCUGUACCCCAGCGGCGACGGCGCUGGCAAGGACUCGCACCUGUCGCUCUUCUUCGUGCUCAUGCGGGGCGACCACGACGCCACGCUGCGCUGGCCCUUCCGCCAGAAGGUGACCCUGAUGCUGCUGGACCAGAGCUCGCGCCGUGACCACGUGGUCGACGCCUUCCGCCCGGACGCCACCACCUCCUCCUUCCAGCGCCCCACCGGGGACCUCAACGUGGCCAGCGGCUGCCCCCUCUUCUGCCCCCUCGCCCGCCUAGUUUCGUCGGAACAGACCUACGUGCGGGACGACACCUUGUUCAUCAAGUGCGUGGUGGACACGACCGACCUGUGACCCCCCCCGAGGAUUGGGGGAUGGGAGCAACUUGGGGAGACUCGUGCAGCAAUGUAGCACCCUCAGGGCACAGGAGGACAGGAGGAGGUGGUGGUGGUGGAGGAGGAGGUGGUGGUGGUGGAGGAGAGGAGGAGGAGGUGGUGGAGGUGGUGGUGGUGGUGGAUGAGGAAGUGGAGGAGGAGGAGGCUCUUCCGCAGUGGAGUGGUGCGAGGGGAGCGGCAGGGAGAUGGUUGAAGUGGCCUGCGGUGGGUGGGUGGAUGGGUGAGUGGGUGGGUGGAUGGAUUAGUCAGUGAGUGGGUGGAGGGUUAGUCAGUGAGUGGGUGGAUGGAUUAGUGAGUGAGUGGGUGGAUAGGUUAGUGAGUGAGUGAGUGAGUGGGUGGAUAGGUGAGUGAGUGAGUGGGUGGAUUAGUGAGUUGAUGUAUGAAUGGGUGGGUGAGUGUCUGAGUGGGUGGUUGAGCGAGUGAGUGCGUUGAAGUGUGAUGGUUGGUGCUUGUUGUGGUGUUUGUUGUGGCGCUUGUUGUGGUGGUUGUUGUGGUGCUUGUUGUGGUGUUUGUUGUGGUGGUUGUUGUGGCGCUUGUUGUGGUGCUUGUUGUGGUGGUUGUUGUGGCGCUUGUUGUGGUAGGAGGGGCACAGCGUGGCUUGAGCAGGCCGUGGCGCGUCUCCCCGCGCCCUCACGGCGGGCGAUGGCUGCUGGGCCAGCGAAGAGCCGUGACGGCCAACGCAGCGGAAGGAAGGGAGGGAGAAUAUGGAGCAGCGGAGAGGAUGUGUCACCCCGAGGGGUUGGAGGAGCCAUUGAAGUGAUCGGCACCGGAGCACGUGGGGCUAGAUGUUGACUGCCUCGCCUGCUAUGGGAGGGGGCCGUGGGUUCGAUCCCUGAGCAGGCAGCCCUGGUGAACGCAGCGUUGUCUAUAAACUGUUUAAUCCGA